GGCGCCGUAAAGCAACUCGGCCAAACCGACGGCCCUAGUACGCUGGGCGGCGGCAGCAUGGAGGCGCGCUUCACGCGCGGGAAGUCGGCGCUGCUGGAGCGCGCGCUGGCGCGGCCCCGCACCGAGGUGAGCCUGAGCGCCUUCGCGCUGCUCUUCUCCGAGCUGGUGCAGCACUGCCAGAGCCGGGUCUUCUCGGUGGCCGAGCUGCAGGCGCGCCUGGCCGCCCUGGGCCGCCAGGUGGGCGCGCGCGUUCUCGACGCGCUGGUGGCUCGCGAAAAGGGUGCCCGGCGCGAAACCAAGGUGCUGGGUGCCCUGCUCUUCGUCAAGGGCGCGGUGUGGAAGGCGCUGUUCGGCAAGGAGGCCGACAAGCUGGAGCAGGCCAACGAUGACGCCCGCACCUUCUACAUCAUAGAGCGCGAGCCGCUCAUCAACACCUACAUCUCUGUGCCCAAGGAGAACAGCACCCUGAACUGCGCCAGCUUCACCGCGGGCAUCGUGGAGGCCGUGCUCACACACAGCGGCUUCCCCGCCAAGGUCACGGCGCACUGGCACAAGGGCACCACGCUCAUGAUCAAGUUUGAGGAGGCGGUCAUAGCCCGAGACCGGGCCCUGGAGGGCCGCUGACCCCCGCGGGAGAUAAAGAAUGCAGAGAGUCGC